AUGUCUUCCCGUACCCAAACCAUCGAUCCCAAAACCGCACUCCUCAUUGCCUACGUGCACAACAUCAAUGCCGAAGGCGACAUUGCAAACCAGGUGACAGAGGAGAUUGUACAGAUCGGCGAAGGAGCCUACGCCGACUGGUACGAAACACUCGAGGUCUGGCUCGAAUCCCACAGCAACGAGUCUGGUGCUCCCAACAUGAAGCUCAUCGCGGCUUGGGCUGCCGCAAAGCGUGUCGGUCAAGAUGGCGACGAACAGGCCCUGAAGAUGGCCGACAGCAUCUGGGAAACGGGAGAGAGACUAGUGGCUGGGUGGAAAGAUUCUGUCGCAGCGUGGACGACUGCAAACCCUGGCCUUGCUCCUGCUUGA